GAAACUGCACCCCCAAGAGGCUUAGAAAUGACUGGAAAAGACCAGACGAGUUUCAAGACGGUGGAGCACUUCACAACUCACGGAAGCUGACCGGAACAAGCUGGAAAUGACUUGACGGGCGCGGCCAUGUGUGACCAAACAUCUUCUAUCUUAAAGCGAGAGCCCAACAUCCAACACGAAGACCUUCCGGACCGUGUGACGUCAUCACUGGGAGAUAUCAGGCUGUUGGAACAGGACUCGGUGAAACAGCAGGGCGCAAGUAUCAGGACUCGAGAUAUCAUUGGGAAAAACGGAAAAUAUAAAGGCUCACUCUUUUCGAGACGAAUCGGAAAGUGCAUGAAUAAUUCGUUUGGACCGGGGAGUCAAAUGGUUAGCGACCUGAUGGACGCUGACAAAGAACAAACAGAACCUGUCACUAGCACUGCAUCUGCCGGAAAAAAGACCGCAUGUUCUACUGGUCGUGAAGACGAGAACCUGAUUCUAGCACCAAAAUCCCGCAGGAGGCGCUACCACUGUGAAGUUUGUGGAAAAUCAUUCAUGACUGACGUUUCUUUGAAGGUUCAUAAGAAAGCCCACGCCGACGGCGUCACAGAGGGUCAGCGAUGUGAAUUCUGUGGGAAAAACAUCCGUUCAAAGAUACCAGCAGUACUGCGGGUACAUUACCGAACUCACAGCGGCGAGAAGCCGUACAGCUGCGGGACGUGCGGAAGGUCGUUCGCGCAGAAAUGUGAUCUGAGUGCCCACCACCGUAUUCACACUGGUGAGAAGCCCUAUCGGUGCGGGUUGUGUGGCGCAGCUUUCACGCAGCAAAGCUCACUCACUAGACACAACCGUAUUCAUACGGGUGAUAAACCGUACCACUGUGAUGUCUGUGGGAAGUCGUUCACCCGGAAAUCGUCGCUGGUUGUUCACUCUUGUCUUGACACGAAAGAGAAAACCCACCGGUGCGACAGCUGCGGGGAGUGGUUUUCUCAUCUGCGCGCUUUCAGGCACCACACACGCACCAAGCACGGUGAGGGACCGUAUUCGUGCGGCGUCUGUGGAAAACAGUUCACUCUUAAAGACAGCCUCAUAGUGCACGGACGUCUUCACACAGGAGAACGAGCGCAUUGCUGCGACAUCUGUGGGAAACGGUUCACAGUAAAGGGGGAGCUCACGAGACACUACCGGAGGCACACGGGCGAAAAGCCAUAUGGGUGUAAGGUGUGCGGUAAAUCUUUCACGCAGAACACCAUCCUCGUCAGGCACAGACGAACUCAUGCUGAGCGUGAAUAAUGCGUACGGGUAGGACCCGUCGACCUUGGCCAACGAUUUUACAUUCCUUGCGGUCUAAAUCAAUCAAUUUGAUAUAUGUUAGGUAUUAAUCAUCAACUUUUUUGCGAUAUUCCUUUUGUGCACUGCAGUGAUUCCAAAACACGGGACAAUUGCUUGGAUGCCGCAAGUGUUUGCACGCUUGCUUCGUUCGCUCUCUUAAACGUAGACAUUUGAUUUAUCUGUAUUGCAGGUGGAUGCCGAUAGGUAUAUGUCAUGCUGCGAGAUAUGUAGUCCUUUCCGCCCUCGGAAGAGACCGUCGAAAGCUGUCACGUUUGGGCUGUACAUCUUGCAAUGCUUAGGCCAUGACGACCCUGUGUCGCGCUUUAGUUGCCUUCUGUUCUAGGGCCUUGAGUUGCCUUUUGUGCGACUUCGUGCGUGGGAUGUCGCAGGCAUUCGAGCAUUUCGGGUGACGAAGCUGAAUUCUUCUGUGGGUCUCUGAGAUGAAGGCUGGAAGUGGCUGCCGUACGUCCGGAACGUUUCAUGCCAUUUACUGGGAUCAUGUGAUGCGGAAGUAAAGUAUUAUCAGUGCAGCACCAAGUUUUUUAUCACGUCACUAUCCAGCUGUAGUGUGCUGUUUUUUGUGUUUUUUUUUGUCGAAUGCAACUAUUUGUUAGAGCAGCGUUCGUGGCAAAAUAUUGCCUGUUUCCAGACUGCAAAGAAUGGAAUGUUACGACAUACUCUGCUAAACUGAAGUUAAUGUCGCAUGCGUUUUUGUUACGAUCUCAAAGGAGACUUAUGAUCAGAAUUCAGGAAAUGCGACGAAAGCUUGAGAGAGAGAGAGAGAGAGAGAGAG